ACCCGGAUUCCCAUUUCCCUCUCUCUCCCAGUCCCAUCCCAUCACAUCGGCCCCCUUUUAAAUUUCGAACGCCUCAGGUAGUCAGGUCACACAGAAACACACGCGCACCGACCCCUCCAUCGAAUUCCCCCAUCUCCUCUGCCUCCCUCCCGUUCCGCGCCGCCGAAACGGAUGGACUGCGACGGCGGCAUGGACGCGCUCCCGGACGGCGUCGUGCAGAGCAUCCUGUCGCAGCUCAGCAACGCCCGAGACGUCGCGGCGUGCGCGGGCGUCUCCCGCGGCUGGCGCGACUGCGUCCCUUUCCUCCCGUCGCUCUACUUCCAGCGCAGCGCCUUCGACGCGGCGCCGGGGCCCGGGGGCGCCUGCGCCGCGGCCGACGACGCCAUCGGCCGGAUGGUCGAGGCAGCGGAGCGCCUGGAGGAGCUCAUCAUCUACUGCCCCUUCUCCGCCGCGCUCCUCCCGCGCUGGCUCGCGAUGCGGAGCGCCUCCCUGCGUAGGCUCGAGCUCCGGGUCGACUCCGCCGCCGCCGGGGAUUCUGGCGCCGGAUCCGGCCUUCUGGACUGCAUCGGGGUCAUCCCUAACCUCCAGGAGCUGAGGCUGUGGGGGCUCACCAUGACGCGCGCGCCUGCCUGGGGGAAUCUGGAGCGCCUCCGUGUGCUGGAGAUUGUCGGUGCUUCUCUCGUGGACCUCGCGGUCUGCGCUGCCGUUGCUGCGUGCCCCAACCUCACCGACCUCGCACUGCUCGGCUGCGAGUGCUCCGGCUCCGUGAUCUUCGCGCCGCCCCUGCUCGAGCGCUGUCGCCUUGACUUCGUCGGCAAUGGCAGCUGCACGCUCGCCCUCGCUGCGCCCCGCGUCGAGUCCCUCGAAGUCCAGGGUUUCAACUGGAUCUCGCUGCAAGGCGGCGACCGCCUCAAACGCCUCACAAUUGCCAAAAACUCUGGGACUUUGUAUACUGUGGCGGUGGAGAGGCUGCCGGUAUUGGAGGAGCUGUCGCUGCGUGGUGUCCAGUGGAGCUGGGGAGCCGUCAGCGCUGUGCUGCAGUGCGCCAUCGGGGUGAAGCACCUGGUGAUGAAGGUUGAGUUCUGUGGUGAAUUUGAUACACUCCAGCCUUUUCCCGAGGUGGACCUCGUUGAAUUCUUCAACAGCCACCCGAAGCUCCGCAAGUUUGAGAUCCACGGUGCCAUGUUUGCGGCGCUGUGCCAAAAGAACAGCCUGAAAAAUUUGGACUCAAGGUUCUCCAUGUCAUACUUGGAGGAGGUCCUGAUCACCGUGCGCUCCCCCUUGAAUGCUGAGCAGAAGCUGAUUACCCUUGAGUCCCUGGUCAGGUACAGUCCGAGGCUGCGGAAGAUGGUCAUUAGGAUCUCCCAGAUGAAGAAUUGCAAUGAAGCCGCAGAUGAUUUCUUUGAAGAGAUUUGCAAGUUUGCGCAUAAGAAUUAUGGCAGAGUGCGGAUAGAAUAGAAGAAGAGGUGGUUCUACAUAGCUUUGUGCUUUUUGCUCUUGUGAGUUGCGUCUCAACCGAUGAGACUUUUACUGGAAGCUAGUUUUAUUGUUUUGUUUGUCAUUGUUCAUGCGGGCUGGAUAUCAUCAGCAGUCCAUCACGGUUAGGGAGAUUGUUUGGUCUUUUGCCUGGAAACUUCAGUGCUCCUUUUUUCCCCUGAAAAAUAAGAAACUUCUUUAUUGCUGCACCUGCAACUUAGAAUCGGCCCUUUGUUUGUAAAUACAAUUUGGUUUGUUGAGUAAAGCCUUCAUGGAUAUGCUUA